AUGCCUGCACAAAAGGUUGAGACUGGUCACCAAGACACUGUUCACGAUGUGGUUAUGGACUACUAUGGUAAGCGUCUCGCCACAGGUUCGGCGGACAACACCGUUAAGAUAAUUGGAGUCAGCAACUCGGCCUCUCAACAUCUUGCAACUCUUACUGGUCACCAGGGACCUGUUUGGCAGGUUGCUUGGGCUCACCCCAAGUUUGGGUCUUUACUUGCUUCCUGUUCUUAUGAUGGGCGUGUUAUACUGUGGAAGGAAGGUAAUCAGAAUGAGUGGAUCCAAGCCCAUGUUUUUGAUGACCACAAGUCGUCUGUCAACUCAAUUGCUUGGGCUCCUCAUGAACUCGGUCUUUGUUUGGCGUGCGGUUCUUCUGAUGGGAACAUUUCGGUUUUCACUGCAAGGGCGGAUGGUGGUUGGGAUACCUCGAGGAUUGACCAAGCUCACCCAGUUGGUGUUACCUCUGUUUCAUGGGCUCCCUCAACAGCCCCUGGUGCUCUUGUUGGUUCUGGUCUGCUUGACCCUGUUCAGAAGCUUUGUUCUGGUGGUUGUGAUAAUACUGUAAAGGUGUGGAAGCUUGGUAAUGGGGUUUGGAAGCUGGACUGCUUUCCGGCUCUUCAAAUGCAUGUUGAUUGGGUUAGGGAUGUUGCUUGGGCACCCAACUUGGGACUGCCAAAAUCUACAAUUGCCAGUGCCUCACAGGAUGGGAAAGUUAUUAUAUGGACUGUGGCCAAGGAUGGGGAUCAAUGGGAUGGUAAGGUGCUGCAUGAUUUCAAUUCACCUGUUUAUAAGGUCUCAUGGUCGCUGACUGGAAACAUAAUAGCCGUGGCUGAUGGGAACAACAACGUAACAUUAUGGAAGGAAGUAGUAGAUGGGGAGUGGCAACAAGUGACAACAGUUGAGCCGUAG